AUGCGGGCGCUGAUCCUGGUGGGCGGCUUCGGGACGCGGCUGCGGCCGCUGACCCUGAGCCGGCCGAAGCCGCUGGUGGAGUUCUGCAACAAGGCGCUGCUGCUGCACCAGCUGGAGGCCCUCCGGCAGGCGGGCGUCACCCACGUGGUGCUGGCGGUGAGCUACAUGUCGGAGGCGCUGGGGGCCGCCAUGCGGGAGCAGGAGCAGCGGCUCGGCAUCCGCAUCUCCCUGUCUCACGAGAAGGAGCCGCUGGGCACAGCGGGGCCACUGGCGCUGGCACGGGACCUGCUGGCCGAGGGCGGGGAGCCCUUCUUUGUCCUCAACAGCGACGUGAUCUGCGAGUUCCCCUUCGCGGCGCUGGCCCGUUUCCACCAGCAGCACGGCGGCGAGGGCUCGCUGGUGGUGACCCGCGUGGAGGAGCCAGCCAAGUACGGCGUGGUGGUGAGUGAGGCCGACACCGGCCGCAUCUGCCGCUUCGUGGAGAAGCCACGCGUCUUCGUGUCCAAUAAGAUCAACGCCGGGCUCUACAUCUUCAGCCCCGGCAUCCUGCAACGCAUCCAGCUGCGCCCCACCUCCAUCGAGAAGGAGAUCUUCCCAGCCAUGGCGCAGGAAGGGCAGCUCUACGCCAUGGAGCUGCAGGGCUUCUGGAUGGACAUUGGGCAGCCAAAGGACUUCCUUACGGGCAUGUGCAUGUACCUGCAGGCGCUGCGGGCUCAGCACCCCGAGAAGCUGCACUCGGGGCCCGGUGUCGUAGGGAACGUGCUGGUGGACCCCAGCGCCAAGAUUGGGGCAAACUGCAUCAUCGGCCCCAACGUGACGAUAGGGGCCGGCGUGGUGGUGGAGGACGGGGUGCGCAUCAAACGCUGCACUGUGCUGAAGGGGGCCCGCAUCCGCUCCCACUCCUGGCUGGAGUCCUGCAUCGUGGGCUGGAGUUGCUCCGUGGGGCAGUGGGUGAGGACAUGGGUGCCCCCACGGGGGACUGGGGCUCAGCUCUUGCCCUCCCGCCUCCUUGGGCUGCGGCAGGUACGCAUGGAGAACGUGACAGUGCUGGGCGAGGACGUCAUCGUCAACGAUGAGCUCUACCUCAAUGGGGCCAACGUGCUACCCCACAAGUCCAUUGCCGAGUCCGUGCCAGAGCCACGCAUCAUCAUGUAGCAGCCCCCGGUGGGCCCUGCGCUCCUGGCUCUGCUUGGAUUAAAUAUUUAUAUUUCCA